GUGUAAGAGAUCCUCUCCUCCGUCCCCGCCUCCCCUGCUUGCGCCCCUGCCUCCGCCUCUGCCCACCCGGCCCCAUCCCUUACAACUGCCCCAGGACUGCUCCCGGGCAGCCGCUGCGAGACAGACGGACACCAGGCUGCCCCUUUCUGCUCCAGCAAGAAAGACUUGAGUUAGACAAGCAGAAGCACACGCCUCCCUACCUCAUGGCGACAGAAAAUGGAGCAGUCGAGCUGGAAAUCCAGAGCCCGUCAACAGACAAGGCACCUAAAGGGGCAACAGGUGAAGGACCCUCAGCUGCAGAAAAAGACCCUGGGCCCCCAGACCCAGAGAAGGAUCCUGGGCCCCUAGACCCACAGAAAGAACUUGGUCCCCCAAACCCAGAAAAAGAACUUGGUCCCCAAACCAGAAAAAAACUUGAUCCCCCAGACCCUGAGAAGGAUCCUGGCCCUCCAGACCCAGAGAGAGAACCUGUUCCACUCACGCUGAAGACAGAUGCUGAAGUCCCAGCCCCAGAGAAAGGGGAUGGUGCCUUGGCCCCACCCUCAUCCAGCAGCCAGGGCCCUGAGGGAGAAGGCAACCUGGGUGGGGGUCCUGCGGAGGGCAGUGCUGGGCAGCCGGCGGCCCUGCCCCAGGAGACUGCGACCGCCGAGGCCAGUGUCAAGAAGCCUGAUGCCGAGCAGGGGACCCCAGGCAGCCAGGACCCUGGAGAACCCAAGGCGCACAAGAAGGUGGCAGAGGGCCAGUCAGCAGCCAGGAGGGGCUCACCCGCCUUUCUACACAGCCCCAGCUGCCCUGCUGCCCUCUCGAGAAACCAGGACUUUGUGAUAGUUCACAGAAGCCUGGAAUGUCAGGCCAGAGAGCUCCUCAAAGACCUCUUCUCUAGGCACCUGGAGUCCAGUGUUCCCCUUACCCCCCCUGAGAAGCUGCUGGCUGAGAAGCCCCCAAAUGAGGCAUCAGAGCUCAUCUUUGAAGGGGUCCCUGUGACCCCCGGCCCCACGGAUCCCGGGCCAGCCAAGGUAGCAGAGGAAGAGAAGAACACCCCGGAAGGGAGCCAGAAGGAAGCAGGAGAGGAGGCUCAAAGCCAGGCUGACCAGGCUAAGGUGCAAGGGGACACCCCAAGGGGGAUCGAGUUCCAGGCUGCUCCCUCGGAGAGAUCGGAGGUGGGGCAGGCCCUCAGUCCCACACCCAGGGAGGAGGACUGCUUCCAGAUUUUGGAUGACUGCCCGCCACCCCCCGCUCCCUUCCCCCACCGCAUCGUGGAGCUGAGGACUGGGAACGUCAACAGUCAAUUCAGCCUGAACUCCAAGGAGGCGCUUGGCGGGGGCAAGUUUGGAGCCGUCUGUACCUGCGUAGAGAAAGCCACAGGCCUCAAGUUGGCAGCCAAGGUCAUCAAGAAACAGACACCCAAAGACAAGGAAAUGGUGAAGCUUGAGAUCGAGGUUAUGAACCAGCUGAACCAUCGCAACCUGAUUCAGCUCUAUGCGGCCAUCGAGACCCCACAUGAGAUCGUCCUGUUCAUGGAGUACAUCGAGGGCGGCGAGCUCUUCGAGAGGAUUGUGGAUGAGGACUAUCAUCUGACUGAGGUGGACACCAUGGUGUUUGUCAGGCAGAUCUGCGACGGGAUCCUCUUCAUGCACAAGAUGAGGGUUCUACACCUGGACCUCAAGCCAGAGAACAUCCUGUGUGUCAACACCACGGGCCAUUUGGUGAAGAUCAUUGACUUCGGCCUGGCACGGAGGUAUAACCCCAAUGAGAAGCUGAAGGUGAAUUUUGGGACCCCAGAGUUCCUGUCACCUGAGGUGGUGAAUUACGACCAAAUCUCCGAUAAGACAGACAUGUGGAGUAUGGGGGUCAUUACCUACAUGCUGCUGAGUGGCCUCUCCCCCUUCCUGGGAGAUGAUGACACGGAGACCCUGAACAAUGUUCUAUCAGGCAACUGGUACUUUGAUGAGGAGACCUUCGAGGCUGUGUCAGAUGAAGCCAAAGACUUUGUCUCCAACCUCAUCGUCAAGGACCAGCGGGCCCGGAUGAACGCUGCCCAGUGCCUUGCUCACCCCUGGCUCAACAACCUGGCAGAGAAAGCCAAGCGCUGUAACCGACGCCUCAAGUCCCAGAUCCUGCUUAAGAAAUACCUCAUGAAGAGGCGCUGGAAGAAAAACUUCAUUGCUGUCAGCGCUGCCAACCGCUUCAAGAAGAUCAGCAGCUCGGGGGCACUGAUGGCUCUGGGGGUCUGAGCCCCUGGAGCAGCUGAUGCCUGGACGCAGCCGCACGGUGGUUGGGGCUGAGGCCACACAGCCCAGAAAGCCGGAGCAGAUGGGCCAGGUCCCCAGGGCAGGCUGGCCAGGACAAGGCAGCGCCAGGCUGGGAGGCUCGGGGCUCCCCACGCCCCCGUGCAGUGACCGCUUCCCCGACAUGAGCCUCCUCGGAUGUGGCCUGACUCCAUCCUGCUAAUGCCUCCCUAGACAGGGCUCCGGCCCAUCAGCCAGAGCCCAGACUCCAAAGGCCCUGUGGUUCCCGCCCCAGCUCCCGCUCCUAGAACUGCUGCUCGGUGACCCCUGCUUGGCCUCACCUGGGGCAUCCCUGGCCUGGGCUUGCUCCUAGCCGGAGUGGGAGGGCUGGGGGGGUCCCAGCUUGUGGGAUUUCUGCCUUUGUGGAUGGGAGGCCCUUGGUGGGGCAGGAAGGCAGACGGCUGAUUCCUAAGGCCCAGCUGCCAAGGGAGACAGAGCAGCCUUUGUGAAAAAGGACCUCUAUGCCCCCAUCCGCCUCCCCACUCCCAACAGAUAAGGCCUAGCACACACCAUCUGGCUUGGGCCCGGUCCCCGCCCACCUUCCUAGCGACCACCAACACACAGGAACUGCGAGUGAGAGACAGGAUGAGAGAGAGGACGCCCAACCCAAGUCUGGUGGAGGGGGAGGGGAGAGGCCUGGGGGACAGAGGAGACCACCCCCGAGCUUGCCUGAGGGCCAGGCUGGCCCAACCCAGCCACUCUGGGCCCCCAUCCCAAGGGUCACCCACAGCCUCAGAUGAUAGGGUUGGCAGGCCCAGGAGGAGUGGGGAGACUGUUGGGCAGCCCCCAACCUGCUCUCAGCUUGUGCCUUGUAAAUAAAUGUACAGGUUGUAUGUGG